UUUCUUCCGUGACUAAACUCACUGCAAAACCCAUAGCUCAACCAAACGGAAAAAAUGUCGAGAGAUGAAGAAAACGAUGCUCUGCGGAAAAAUGUUACGACUUCAGAGAAAGAAGACGAAGCUCCGUCACGAAGGGAUUCCAAAAAAGUGCGAGAAAAUUCGGAGGUAGACUCGGAAACCGAAAGAAGGCGCAGCAGUUCGAGGAGAAAAUCGCGGGGAGGAAGCUCGGAUUCCGAUGACGGAGACAGACCACACCGGAAGAAGAGGAAAUCGCGGCGUCGAUACAGCAGCGAGUCGGAUUCCGGUUCCGGUUCAGGCUCCAGUUCGGAGGAGUCCGAGUCCGAGUCGGAGCGGUCCGGUUCGGAUUCGGAGUAUUCGGAAUCGGAGAGUGAGGAGGAGCGCAGAAGGAGAGAGAAGAGGAGGAGGAGAGAGAAGGAGGAAGAGAGGGAGAGGAAGCGGAGGCGGAAAGAGAAAGACAAGAAGAGGCGGAGGAGAGAGAAAGAGGAGGAGCGGAGGAAGAAGGAAAAGUUGAAGAAGAAGAAAAAGAAGAAAGAGAGGGAGGAGAGAGGGAAGAAGGGAGCUGUGACGAAUUCUUGGGGGAAGUAUGGGGUUAUUAGAGAAACUGAUAUGUGGACCAAACGACCAGAGUUCACUGCAUGGUUGGCCGAAGUAAAGCAGGUGAAUUUGGAGAAUAUGUCCAAUUGGGAAGAAAAACAGAUGUUCAAAGAAUUCAUGGAGGAUCACAACACAGCGACUUUUCCUUCAAAGAAGUACUAUAAUCUUGAUGCUUACUACAGGCGACAAAUGGAAAAAGAGAUGAAAAAGGGUUUUAAGAAGGUCCAUGCAACAGAGCGCACUGUUUUCAACGAUGAAGAACAGCGCAGGCAAGAACUGUUGCAAGCCCGUGAAAAGCACAAGGAAGAGCAAGUGAUGGCGUUGAAGCACUCCAUGCAAACUGGAAUGGCGCAGGCAAUGAAAGAGCAAGCUCAGCUUAGGGAGGAGAUGGCUUACCAGUACAAGCUCGGAAACUUUGAGGCUGCUGCUGCUAUCCAGAGAAGGUUGGACCCUGAUGCUGCCAUAUAGCUGGACAUUACUUGUUGUAAACGAAGAAUUGGGUUUAUAGGGCAGAAAUAAUGCUAUCGCCAUGACCGGGUAAUGAUUGAUCCUGUUGAAGGACUGAUUUUUGUGUGCCAACUACAUGUAUCUUUUGACCUGGUGUUAGCAUGCCGUGGAUGGUUAUGUUCCGAUGGAUGAGUUAAUUUUCACUAUUACUGACUCUUCUAUACCACUUUUGCUAAUUGAAGAGUAAUGCUUUUUCAACCAGUGACCUUUUCAAACCUGUAGUUCAAGCUCCGUGCAUGGCUUCAACAUUGUCCACCACUCAUGAUCAUUCGGACAUACAGAAAUUGACUAUUGCUAUAGAUACUGUCGUCAGUGAAAUAUCAAUUUGACAGUUCAUCUUUUCAAACGAUCUUUUGUCUGAUAUUUUUUCUUACCAUAUGUUUGAGUGAAAAUAGAGAGAAGGAAAUCUGGAUGUGGAGAGAUUAAGGACAAAAGUUGCAACCUGAGACGUGCAGUUGUAUUCUGUACCCACUGAUAGUUAUGGCAUACAGCUUCCAUCGGAGAAAAUUGUCAUCAUUCAGUUUGAAAAUGAAAAGCUAAGAUGCUUUUUGGUUGACAAAAUAUUAUAUAUUUUUGUUUCAUGUUGAAGUUUCUGAAAACUUUUUUUCUUUUAUCAUUUAAAAAUGCUUUUACAUUAA